AAUUCAGUUCUGUGCACGUGAUUUACGAUCACGUGAUAUUUACACUUCCUAUCUACGCAAUACGCAUUACAUCAUAAAAAGAUUUCUCUUUGUUCGCUUAAAUCCUACGCGGCUACGCCUAUUUAAUGUAUGCUUUCGCACGUCUGUUGGAUUAUCCAAAUGAUGUUGUGAUAUUCUUAAUGCCGGAUUACCAAAAAAUAAAGUCAUAAAAUUGUAUGACGGAGUUUUAUUGCGUGAUCAGCUCGUACGAUGCCAUGACCUGCCGACCGUAUUUGGUCUCUCCGUGAUAAUCUUUUUCUAGACUAUUUCUUGUCCAGACGGGACGCAAAGUGACCAGUACAUGAUUCAACUCGUCGGAAACUUGAUCGACUUAUAGACCUAUUUGAAACAGCAUAUCGCUUUCCUGGUACGCGCGAUGAAAGUUUUUCGCUUCGGCUUUCUGAUAUGAGAUAACUUGAGACGUUUUAGCAUAGAAUUUCUUAUAAGCUUUCGUCAUCCUGAUGAACCCGUGUGCAGGAGAUACUUGUAACUAAUUCUUCAGUUACAGGAUGAAAAACGAACGGAUGCCGCAAUACGAGAUAAACUUUGUACGAUGAUUUCAAACGUUAACUUUGAAAUUACGUCUUUACUGAAACUGACAGUUAAAUAAAUAAAUAAUGGUCUACAAGGAUCUUUUGACUUGCAUUGAAGGAUUGAAGGUAAUCGUAUCUCAACGUAUGCAUCCUAAACUCAACGACCUGCACUCUUUAACCUGUUGAUCAACAGAUAAUAAAUCUUAACAAAAGAUUUAUCAAGAUUUGUCCAUCAAACAUCAGACUGAUCAGACGAUUCAAAUGUCGGAAUAAUCUAUACGAUCAUUGCCCUUAGGCAUCAAGUUGGUGACUAGAAUAAAAGCGGCAACAUUGCUUAGCAGACUAUACGACGAGUCGGGAGAGGGAGGUAUUGUUUGAAAGUGAAACGAAAAUGUUGGACGUAAAAAUAAAUCGAAAAUUGUUGCCGAUUAAGUCGCAUUAUUUCCUUUUUAAUGCCGGAACUGCUCCCUUAAUGCCAUAUAUUCCAACAUAUGCUAAACAACUUGGAAUCCCCUCUUCUGGUGUUGGAAUAAUGUAUGCUAUCUUUCCUUUUGUGGGACUGAUAGCGAAACCAUCUUUCGGGGCUUUGGCUGACAAAUUUAAAAAGGGGAAAUUAAUAUUUAUUUUAUCCAUUAUUUUUACUGCCAUCUUCUUUGGCUGUAUUGCUUUCAUACCUGCACAUACCACUGAUGCUUUCAUGGACUUGGAGUGUAACAGUGGGGAAACUCGUUUGAAAACAUGUAAUGUUACUGAUGGCUGUGCCUUAGAUAAAAUCGAAAUGGAGUUUCAGGGCAAAGAAAUUAUGGAGUGUAAGCUAGUGUGUUAUGACCCCAACUAUUCAUUUCUGGAACAAAUUUGCAAUGAUGGGAACAUAAGUGAAAGUUGUUUUUCCAAUCAAACUCAUAUAGAGAUGACAACAUAUUCUAAUAUUAGUGAUAGUACUUUUGAACAAACUUGUCUAUAUUUCCCUGUCAAACAUAUUUAUUUCAAUGGAACUGACAUAGAAAACCCACAAUGUAAUGGAGCAUCAGGUAUCAAGUGUUCUGUUGAUUGCAACAGUUCAACAGUCAUGGAUUACAUUCAGAAUGCUAUCAUUGAACAGAUAGCUGAACCGUAUUAUAAAACCAUUCAAUUCCAAUUGCUAUUUUUUCUAAUGGCUGGUGCAUGGGCAGCACAAGCUGUAGUUGUCUGUCUUUCUGAUGCAAUUUGCUUCAAUCUUCUGGGAGACAAGCCUCACAACUAUGGAGCGCAAAGGUUGUGGGGAGCUGUCGGAUGGGGACUUAUGGCGAUUAUCGCUGGGUACUUGAUUGAUCUCGCAAGUGCUGGGCAGCUUCAAAAAGAUUAUACACCCAGCUUCUAUUUGGUUGUCAUUAUUCUUGCCAUAAAUGCCGUAUCCGUUAUCAAAAUCAAGGUUGACUACCACCAAGAGCCUUAUCAAAUCAAAAAAAUUCUUAUUCUCUUCAAAAAUGUCAGAGUUGUGCUUUUCCUGUUUAGUUGCAUCACUUUUGGCAUAUGUAUCGGAAUAGUAUGGCAAUUUCAGUUAUGGUUUUUAGAGGACUUGGCAUCUGCUCAAGGUUGUGAUUCGUUGCAGUGGAUCAAGUUACUACAAGGGUUAGCCAUGGGUGUCCAGUGCUUUCUCGGGGAGGCUCCCUUUCUCUUUUUAUCAGGAAGAAUUUUGAAAAAAUUUGGUCACGUUCAUACAAUGACGAUGAUCUUAUUAGUCAUGGGCAUUCGACUUUUAGCCUACUCGUAUCUGGUCAAUCCCUGGUACACGUUGCCUAUUGAUUUACUAAAUGGAUUAACGUUAGGUGUAUAUUGGUCCACGAUGGCAUCAUAUGCGAAUUUGAUCGCGCCACCUGAAGCUACCAGUACACUUCAGGGGAUAUUUGGUGCGCUAUUUGAAGGAAUAGGUACUUCGAUUGGCAGCUUGUUUGGUGGGUUCAUCUAUGAAAGUUAUGGAGGCGCUAUUAUGUUCCGUUCAUUUGGAAUCUAUGCCUUAGUCUACGGAGCCAUUUACUCAUUAAGUCAUUUUGCCAUGGACUUCAACAAAAGGAAAUCUUCGGACACUAAACAUUCGAUGGAUGACAAAGAGCAUGAGAAUUCAGUUAAAGAUUUUUCAAACGGCGGAAGAGUUUUAUCGAAUUACGGAUCGUUAGUUACUGGAAAUACUCAUUCUAAUUGAACGUGUUGUCCAGCUUUCGUAUCUAAAAGCUAAUCGUUUUACUAUUUUGAAAUGACGCGAUCUUUACAAACUCCUUUAUAUUUUGAUAGAAUCUCAUAAACAAGUCAACUACCAAAGUUCUUCUUCUGUAGACCACCUUUACAAAAAUUAAGAAAUUUUAGUUUAGUCCAUCCUUGAACUGCAAUAAAUGUAGUAUAUACUCUUUUGACAUUUGAAUAUAUACUGACAUUCGAAACAUUUCAAUACAAAUAAUAAAAGAA